UAUUUUUUUAUCAGAGAGAUGGUUUUUUGGAAGAAGAUAACCAGCUGUAUUACGAAGGGCGCCGGGGGGCAGCAGAACGGCGGUGGCAGUGGCCCGACCAGGGCACCCAAGCAGCAGCUGAUGAACAUGGCGGACAUGCUGCAGCGUGUGCCGCCCAACCAGCUGCCACAGUUCCAGAUGUUCAAGAGGCGCAACGAAGAGUACAGAAGGCGCGUCAACAAGUAUCCCGACUCCAUGCCGAAAAUCGACUGGGAGUACUAUCGGAAGAAUGUGCGGCCAGAGUUCGUAAGUUGGGUGAGCCAGUUCGAGCAGAAGUACGACAAGCUGGACACCCUGUUCGUGAAUCGGCACGUGAUGAUCAGCAGCCGGCGGUACUUCGAGGAGGUCAACAAGGAGGCGGAGGAGAUGCAGCGGGAGAUCUGCGAGUACAAGGAGGAGUCGGACAAGCGCAUCGGCGAGCUCAACAAGCAGCUGGACGUCCUCAAGGCCAUGAUGCCGUACGAGGACAUGACCAUGGAGGAGUUCUGCCAGCAGCGGCCCCACUUGGCCCCCGAUUUCAUCAACAAGCCCACGUUCUGGCCGCACACACCCGAGGAGCAGACGCCGGGACCCUCGGACCCGACGGCCGUGCAUCCGGAAGAGCCAGAAGAGCCGCCAAAGGCACCGCCUAAGCCGCCUGCUGCUGCACCACCGCCCACUGCUGCUGCCAAGCCCGAGGGCGCUACACCGGAGGCCAAGAAACCUACAGAAAUAAGUGCAUCCCCCAAGAAGGAAGAAACCUCCAAGGCCGUUGAGGAAAUUACAGAGAAAGCCGCCGAGACGGCCAAAGAGUUGGCCAUAAAGGUGCAGCAGCUACUCACGAUCGCCGUGGCAAAGAUCUCACAGAUGGUGAAUCAGGUUCACGAGGCGGCAGCGGCCGCCAGAGCCGCCAAGACGGCCAAGCCGAAGCCACAAGAAGCUGCCGAGACGCCAAAAGGAUCCGCACUGGCCAAGCCCAGGCCCAAGGCGAAGGAGGUCGCAGAGGAGGACGACGAUCACUACCAUCGGAGGGAGCACUCGCCUAACAUUUGCACACAGACCAUCAUCCGGGGCGAGGAAGCCGAGCAGAAUCCCGAGGUGAAGGCCAAGCAUGUGAAUCUCAGCAUCGAAGGGGACGAAGAGGAGGACGAUUGGCCCGAGGAUAAGCGCAAGAAGUGCGAGGCUUUGGAAUGCAAGCGCAAGUCCAAGGGGCGGCAGGAGGACGCCCACGAGGACGAGGACGAGGACAUUCCAUGCAAGGAGCAGAAAAAAGAAGAGGCUUCCUGUCGGCAGCGCGAGAAAGAGGAAUCCCUGGAGAAGGACUGCGAGGAGCGCCAGAAAUGCGAGGUCGAGGAAUCGGAGCGCGAAUGUGAAACAGAAUCAAAGGCAAAGAAACAGGAAAAGAUACAAUUCGAAGAUGCAGCCAAGGCCGAUUUCGCCGUUUCGAUUUCCACCUGUGAGCCGGUUCAGAAAACCAGCAAAACCGACAAAAAGGGGACAAAGGAUCCGUGCAAACCGCAGGAGAAGGCCUCCCUAAGCCCAUUGCCAGAAGGGGCCAGCUCUCGGCUAAAGAUGGGCCUGAAGGACAUGGAGAUAUUCAGCCCCGAUCAGAGUCCAAAGGAGGCGCCGCAGAUUGGAGAUGCCAACGAGGCAGAUGCCCCUGCAGCUCCCCAACGACUAAAGGACUCUACAAUCACUUAUCCCCGCCUGGAGAUAGUGCCAAAAUCAAAGAAAACCCAGCCCAAACCCCAGGCAGCAGAGGUCGAGAAGGUAACCUCAGACGAUGCGGCCAAACGGGUGUUCGACAUGGCCACGGAUGCCGCCUCGUUGCUCAGCGAUGCCACCAUUUCCGAGGAGGAGGCCGAGAAGCUCAAGUGCCACCGCAUCGAGACCCUGGAGGCCGCCUACCGCUCCGCCCACAAGCAGGCGAAUCGCGCCCUGGUCGAGGCCUUCAAGGCCGUGGACGCGGCCAGGAAGUUGGCCAAGAGAUCGCGCAACUCCAGCGAAUCGCAGUUCCGCGAUCACAACGCCCAGGCCAUGGCCGAGAAGCACGCCCUGCUGGCCAAGUUGCUGGCCAAACGUGCGGUGGCCUUGAAGCAGGAAAUCGCCAAGGUCCUCGAGAAACUGAAGAACAAAGACUGAUCCAGUCUAUUCCCCAAUUUAUACCAUGUUUUGUUUUUCGAUGUUUAGUUCUUAUUAAAUUUUC